AAUAUCCAUAAACAUAAACAGAUGAAUAUAAUUCACGUGCAGCAUCAUUCCUCUUCAUUAGACUGAAGAUGAAGUCCACUUUCAGUUCCAUCAUCCCCAGUUUACUUUUUUCCCCACCUAAAUCCCGACCUUCAAGUUGGGUUUUCAGCAUAAAAAAGAAAGAAAAAAAAUCCCUGACAGACGCUCCACGACCCUGUUACAUUUUGGACAACUUGCUCCCGUUGCAGCGCCCUCUCUCGCCUGACCUCUUCUUGAGAGGCGCCGUACGACCUGCGAGAGUGAGUGUGUGCGACCCACUCUCUUUUUCGUAUAUAAGCAUCGUAGGUUUCAUGGAGGGACAUCAGUAGCUUUACCAGCUUAGCAUCGAACAGGUCGUCGAAGUGGUCAAGAGUCGGGAAAAAUGAAGGUUUUGGCUGUGUUGCUCGUAAUCUGUGCCGUGGUAUUUGCUGGCCCGGCCGUGCUAGACUCUGCACACGCUACCCAGCAGCCCAUCAUCCCGUACAACUUCGGCUACGAGAUCGCGGACGCCGCCACCAACAACUUCCAGAACCGCGCCGAGAUCAAGACGCCCAACGGAGACGUCUUCGGCUCGUGGUCGUGGUUGAUGCCCACCAACGAGAUCUUCACCCUCUCCUACAACGUCACCGGAAACCUGGGCUUCCGCUAUUCCAUUAACAUCACGCCCCUCGGAGGCGCGGCGGCGUAGGCGAAGGACGCAGGAAGAAAUCCCAUUCUCUCUGGUCCGUUUAGUUCGUAAGGAGUAAGCUCACCCAGCAAGCAAAGUCAGUGAGAGUAAAUGUCUGUUAAAGUCAUACCAAGUUUGUGUUGGAGCUAAAAGGUGAUUACCAUGAGUGUGUGUUCGUGUUAAAUGCGUGCAUGCGAGCGCCGGUGCGUGUCCGUGUCACGAACGGUCCAGGCUGAUCGUUCUGUCUCCUCUUUAACCUGAUUGUUCUCUUGUUAUUCUUUUUUGUGUAAACAAGCCUGUUAUGUUAUGUUUGAAUCAAAUAUAUAUAUGUUAAUGAG